AUGCUUGCGCUUAUUUCAAGCAUAAUUGUGAGCAUUCAAUUGAAUCAUGCAAUAAUCGAUAUACAGGAAAACUACAAAAGAAGAAGACUAAACCUCUCAAGAUUGUUAUCCACAACUACAAGCACUUUUACUCGAGUAAAACGACUUAGAUGCAGACGUGAGAGCAAAGAGAGAAGAUUCUGGACCAGACCAGGUCGUACAAGCGCCUGGUGGAACAACUUUGCCGAUCAAGUGGUGAUACCAGAAGAGUGGAAAGAGAACUUUCGAAUGAGCAAAGACUCGCUAUAUAAUCUAGCUGAAGAACUGAGACCA